ACAUCACAAUGACCCUGCACGCGCGCGGGUGUUCUCAUUGCUGUUGCAUUUCUGACAGCACGCACUAUGCGAACAGCGCAGCACGGACAGUGUAACGUGAAGCGUUAGUCCCCAUCCACGCUGACGCGGGACUCCAGCCCGGUUGUUGCGGCAUCAGCGGUAGGAGGAGAUACAGAGGGGAUACAGGGACUCCUGCAGGCUGAUUUCAGCAGCUCAGCACUCGCAGGUGGAGACGCGCACCGAUCCGGAGCUUCGUCUGAGACCCGAGCGCGCGCGCACUCACUCACUCACUCUCUCGCCCAAAUUAAUAAAUAAAAUAAUUAAUACAGCGAGCUCGUGUUCAAACCAACUACAAUGAGAGCAAAUCUGUCGCAGUCAGUCCAAUCCUCAUAUGACUCCCAGCCAUUUAAAAUUUGAUGAGCAGUUUUUGGAGAGCUCUUUGGAUUGAUCCCAGUGUUUUCCAGUCAUGAAGAACAGGAGGGAAUAUGUGGAAUACUGGAGCGCGAUUAUAGUGGGUCUCUUCUGGAUUCACAGCUCUUUCGGGAUGCCCCAUGUCAUACGGAUAGGGGGGAUUUUUGAACAAAUGGAUGGACCCGUGGCACUCGUCAGCUCAGAGGAACUGGCCUUCAAAUUCGCUGUUAAUAACAUCAACAGAAACAGGACGUUAUUGCCCAACACAACGUUAACGUACGACAUUCAGAGGAUUAAUAUCUAUGAUAGCUUUGAGGCCUCCAGAAAAGCGUGUGACCAGCUGUCUUUAGGUGUCGUUGCCAUAUUCGGGCCGUCUCAUAGCUCCUCAUCGAAUGCUGUACAGUCUAUCUGCAAUGCCCUGGAGGUGCCACACAUUCAAGUGCGAUGGAAACACCACCCCAUGGACAACAGGGAUUCGUUUUAUGCCAACCUGUACCCAGAUUACUCUUCUCUGAGCUACGCUAUCUUAGACCUGGUGCAGUUCCUCAAGUGGAAGACGGCCACCGUGGUUUAUGAUGACAGCACAGGUUUAAUCAGACUCCAGGAGUUAAUUAUGGCUCCAUCCAGGUAUAACAUCAGGCUGAAGAUCCGACAGCUCCCUCUGGACACCACGGACACCAGACCUCUGCUCAAAGAGAUGAAAAGGAGCAGAGAGUUUCGCAUUAUCUUCGACUGCAGCCACAUAAUGGCUGCCCAGAUCCUCAAGCAAGCCCAGAUGAUGGGGAUGAUGACAGAGUACUAUCACUACAUCUUCACCACUCUGGAUCUCAUGGCCAUAAACCUGGAGCCGUACCGCUUCUGUGGCGUCAAUAUGACCGGCUUCCGCAUCCUAAACGUGGACAAUCCUCAGGUUGCCUCUAUUGUGGAGAAAUGGUCCCUUGAGAGGCAGAUUCCCCCAAAACCAGACUCCGGUCUCCUGGAAGGGAUCAUGACGACAGAUGCUGCUCUGACGUACGACGCGGUCCACAUCGUGUCGGUCUCGUACCAGCAUGCACCGCAGAUGACUGUCAACUCAUUGCAGUGUCAUCGUCACAAACCCUGGAGGUUCGGAGGACGCUUCAUGAGUUUCAUUAAAGAGUCUCAUUGGGACGGUCUGACGGGACGGCUGUGCUUCAACAGAACUACAGGUCUGCGCACCGACUUUGAUCUUGACAUUGUGAGUCUCAAGGAGGAUGGCCUUCAAAAGGUGGGGAAGUGGAGUGCUUCUGGGGGGCUCAACAUCACCGAGGUCCCCAGACAGAACGGCAUGAACAUCACAGACUCGCUUUCCAACCGCUCGCUGGUCAUCACCACCAUCCUGGAGGAGCCAUAUGUCAUGCUUAAGAAGUCUGACAAGGCACUCGUCGGCAAUGACCGCUUUGAGGGCUUCUGUAUUGACCUGCUUAAGGAGUUGGCCAGCAUUCUGGGUUUUUCCUACGAGAUCCACCUGGUGCAGGAUGGAAAGUAUGGGUUUCAAGAUGAUAAAGGCCAGUGGAAUGGGAUGAUAAAGGAACUCAUGGAACACAGGGCUGACCUUGCUGUGGCUCCUCUCACAAUCACCUUUAUGCGGGAGAAAGCUAUUGACUUCUCCAAACCUUUCUUGAACACCGGCAUCAGUAUCCUGUACCGUAGACCCAACAGCACCAACUCUGGCUUCUUCUCUUUCCUGAACCCCAUGACCCCUGAUAUCUGGGUCUACAUCCUGUUGGCCUACCUGGGAGUGAGCUGUGUGCUCUUCGUCAUCGCCAGGUUCAGCCCGUACGAGUGGUACGACGCCCAUCCGUGUAACCCAGGCUCCGAUGUGGUAGAAAACAACUUCACCCUUCUCAACAGCUUCUGGUUUGGUGUGGGCUCCCUCAUGCAGCAAGGUUCAGAACUGAUGCCUAAAGCUCUCUCCACUCGAAUCAUCGGAGGAAUCUGGUGGUUCUUCACCCUCAUCAUCAUCUCCUCCUACACAGCCAACCUGGCGGCCUUCCUCACCGUCGAGAGGAUGGAUUCGCCCGUGGACUCAGCUGAUGAUCUGGCCAAACAGACCAAAAUAGAGUACGGCGUAGUCAAAGAUGGAGCUACAAUGUCCUUCUUUAAGAAAUCAAGAGUGUCCACAUUUGAGAAGAUGUGGGCUUUCAUGAGCAGCAGACAGAGCACGUCGUUCGUCAAGUCCAUUGAAGAUGGGAUUCAGAGAGUGUUAAAGUCAGACUACGCCCUGCUUAUGGAGUCAACGACCAUUGAGUAUGUGACGCGCAGAAACUGCAAUCUCACACAGGUCGGCGGCAUCAUCGACAGUAAAGGUUACGGCAUCGGCACCCCGAAAGGCUCGCCAUACAGGGAUAAAAUCACAAUUGCUAUCCUCGGCAUCCUGGAAGAUGGCCGUCUUCACAUGCUCAAGGAGAAGUGGUGGAGCGGCAGCAGCUGUCUGGAGGACGAGCGGUAUGAGACGGGUCCCAUGGGCAUCCAGAAUCUGGGCGGCAUCUUCAUUGUGUUGGCUUCUGGUCUGGUGCUGUCAGUGUUUGUGGCUAUAGGAGAGUUCAUCUACAAACUGCGAAAAACUGUAGAGCGUGAACAGGUCUUUCUGCAGUGCGGUGAUGGAAGAGAUCAGACAGUCGUUCACGUGCGAGAGACGGGUGAAACACAAGCCCCGCCGCCCGCCGCCAGCCAUGGUGAAGACGGACGCAGUGAUCAACAUACACUCCUUCAACGACCGUCGCCUGCCAGGAAAGGACAACAUGAGCUGCAACACCGCAAUGACGCCCGUGUUUCCAUGACUUGCCUGGGCGACGGCCAGCUGAGGCACGUCCCCGGCGCCGUGCCGGAGAGCAGGGACUACGGCUCCGAGAUGAUUACGGCAUUCACCAUCAACCGCAGAGACAUCCGACACCAAAUGGCCAGUCAGAACGGUGGCAGUAGCAGCAAACCAGGUAGUGACCACAUCCUCAAACCAAUGUAUCCCACCAUGCCAUUGCGAGAGGGAGGCCGAUCGGUAUCCUUCCUGUGAGAGCCAUCCACGUCUGCGAAACUAUCCGAGUCUGAUGUUUACAAGCGGCACUCGAAAGACUCGAAGGAGCCCCCCGAUCAAAUGAAAAUAUAUGUUUCUCACUGGAACGGAGUGAAAAUGUGGAAAAGAGGCUUUUUCGGAGCAUGGCAAUAAAUGAACAGAAGCGAAUGGGAGUAGUUUUCUUAGAGUAUCAUUUAUAGCACAUCAAAUUAAUUUCGAAGAGUUCUGACGAUUUAUCUUUUGGUUUCGUCAAAAUGCUGUGGCGUUUUGGUGGGGGCGGCAAAACAAACGUCUCUGUGAAUGCGAUGUACAUUACAGGUAUGUGUCGAACCGUAGGAACAGUUUAGUUUAAUACGCUGUGACCUGCUAGAGUAGUAGAAAACCCUUAGACUGCAAGUUCCCGAAGGCUACAGAGAGCGUAGCGGCAUCCUUUGCUCACGGAAAUGCACAAACAAACAGGGUUGAUUUCAUUCGAGCCACCUAAACAAAUUGAAAAAUGAGUAACAAUUCUGUACGGCAGUUUUGAGCAAGACUUGCAGCCAUUUUGAUUUAUUUCGUGCUUCACACAUUGCCAGCAGAUGUUUUUUUUUUUUGUUUUGUUUUCUUUUAAACAGCAAGAUCUAAUGGUAAUGACGGAUAAACACAAGAGUUGCCAAAGAUCUGUCGUCCAAAUGGAUUUAGACACUUGAAACGCAGCUUCCCCUACAGACAAGAGAGCCAGUGACACUUUGCCUCCGCUGUGUUUGUUAAAUGAGUUAUUCCUGAGAAUCACAGAAGAAUACUCACUUCACACGGUACGUACAGAGGAAUCGACACAAAACACAGAGCUUGCCAUAUGGUGAAGAGCUAAUACAAAGGAAAUAAAACCGUUUUAAGAUAUACAUGAGCGAGAAUGUCUCUCGCCAUGUAUCUGUUCAGCUACGAUUAUAUUGGCUUUUGCCAUCUGCAUCUGCUAUGUCAACUUGUUUGAAGUUCAGAGCUUAUAGAUGGUGUGGUUUACGUCAAAACAUUAAAUCAGAAAACAUC